UCCCCAAAUUCUCUCACAAACAGCCUCUUUCUCUCUUCCCUCCUUUGUCCUCAUCAGCUUCUGCAAAAAAAAGAAAAGAAAAGAGAGUCCUCUGAUAUCUUGGGUCAUUUGGCUUUUUGGGUUCUCUGUUUUUCUUGAAUUUCAUUGGUGUUGUGAUGAUUGUUGGCUCACAAGUGGAGGCGGGGCCGGCGGAGAGCGAGCUCGAGCUGGGUCUGGGUCUCAGCCUUAGCGGCGCCUCCGGAAAGACCGGUAAGCCAUGCGGCGGAGCGUGGGGUGAGCAUGGAAGGAUCCUGACGGCUAAAGACUUCCCCUCUGUCGGCUCCAAACGAGCUGCUGAAUCUACUUCUCACGAAGGCGCAUCUCCCCCUCGUUCCAGCAGUCAGGUGGUGGGAUGGCCUCCGAUUGGGUCACAUAGGAUGAACAGCUUGGUCAAGGACCAAGCUAUGAAGGCGCCAAGAUCAGAAGAAGAAGAAGUAAAGAAAGUUGCCGCAGGUGACAAGGAUAGACCCAAAGAAGAUGAGAAGAAAGGGAACGGAAAGACGAAAGUUGGGUUCGUGAAGGCGAACAUGGAUGGAGCUGCCAUUGGCAGAAAGGUGGAUAUGAGUGCUCACUCGUCGUAUGAGAACUUGGCCAAAACCCUUGAGGACAUGUUCUUCCGACCAAGCUCGGUUAUUGGACUGACGGGCAAUUGCAGGGAGAAGGAUAAGGCAAAGGCAUGGAAGAUUCUGGAUGGAUCAUCGGAAUUUGUUCUCACUUAUGAAGACAAGGAAGGCGACUGGAUGCUCGUUGGAGACGUUCCUUGGAGGAUGUUCGUCGGCUCGGUGAGGAGGCUGAGAAUCAUGAGAACCUCUGAAGCUAAUGGGCUCGCUCCGAGACGUCAAGAACGGAACGAGAGACAAAGGCACAAUCCCGUUUAGAGCUUACGUUUUUCGAGUUUUUUGGAAGUGUGAUAACCUUUUGAAGAAGAUCCAUUGAUCUCUCCUUCCUCUGGUUUCUUCUUAUGUUUUAUUUAUUUCUUCUAUGGUUCUGAUUUUACAAUACAGGAUUUGUUUCGACCGAUUCUGUACAUAUUCAGGAAUCUAAGGAACGUGUCUUAAAGAAAAGUAGUUUGUGUCUCUGAGUUUGCUGUGUUUUGGAUUGAAAGGAACUGUUCUUGUUUGGUUC